AUGACAAUACAAAGCAACAAGGAUCCAGAAAUGGCAUUGUUAACUCUAUGUGCCACACCACUGCAUAGCAAGUUUCCAAACCCACCAGAACUUCUGAAUGGGAGGAAUAUGAGGGGUAACUUACCCCUCCACCUGCCUACAAAAGAAGGGCAGAAACAAGAAGUCUACAAAAACUUCAAGAGGAAGCAAGACACACAGAAGCAGUAUUAUGACCGAGGAGCAAAAGACCAACAAGCAAUCCUACCAGGCCAAGCUGUUCAAGACCACAUAACUGGAAGAUGGACACCCGCUACAGUCUUUGAGAAAUCUCAAGAACCUCGAUCCUACAUAGUUGAGACACAAAAUGGAGGUAUCUUACAAAGAAACAGACGACACACCAGGCAGAGGCCACAGCCCAAGCAUGCACUUCUAGGUGAAGACCAUGCAGAAGAGUCUACUGAAAUUACACUGAAUAUGGAUAACAAUGAAGAUCAUGUGAGCAAGGCUCCUAAAGUAGUGCCUCAAGAACAAGAAUCAACUUGUGAUGGAACAAGAACGAGAUGUAGCUGUAUCAUUAAGAGGCCUAAUAGACUCAACUUGUAAUCUGUUUCAUUCUCUACAGUGUAUAUAUGAAGUGUUUAAUAGUGUUAAGGAAAGUGCUAUCAUAAUGGCCAGUAUACUAACCUGAUUCUCAAAACAAGGUGCUAUGUUAAUACCUGAUUCUUUUUGAAAAUUACUGAAAUAGGUGCUAAUUCUUAUUUUACAUGUCUGUGAACUACAAAGCAUUCUCAGGUGCAAUCUCAGUUACAUAACUUUAGAAGCUCAAAAAUGUCAAACUAUGUUUUUGAUACACUACAGAUUCUAUUUUUGUAACUACCAGAUACUAUAUAUAUCUCAUAUAUGAUAAGAAUCUAACCCCAUUUUCUUUUGUUUUUAAAAAAGAGGGAUGUCAAAUGAUCAACCUUAGUUAAUUGUGUUUUAUGUACUUUAUAUUAUAAUACUAGUAAUGUAUCCCUCUAUAUAUAUUGCAUGUAUAUGUAAUCCUUAUGUAAACAUUAGUGCUGUAGUACACUCCUCCAGAAUAUACUCAGUGUAGCUCAGCAUA